AUGGCAACGAACAAUGGGAAGGGCCGGGAUGAUCAAAUCCUCAACAAUGAUAUUGAGGACACUAUAGAUCAGACUCAGCCUGGCCAAGUGGAAGUAUCUCUGUUUACGACAACUGCCCCCUCCUCUUCAGAACAAGAGAUGGAAAUCGUCCCUCGUUCUGAACGUCGAGGCUUAAUGGGAAGAUUUGCGCUCAUCCCGGAGGUUGUCAACCCACACACUUACUUGAGUCAAACCAAGUGGUUGAUGACACUUAUUGUCAGCUUCGCUGCUAUUACUUCCUCCACAGGCUCCUCAAUCUACUAUCGUCAUCUCUAUCUGAAACUCAUGGACGUCGUACAAUAUACCUUCUUUCUUUCUGUCUUUUCUUGGUAUUUUCCUGUCGGUGGAGCGGCAGUGUCUGUUCAAUGUGUGGGAGCGGGGACUGUUUCUGACAUCUGGGAUCCGAAAGUAAGGGGUCGUGCAAUGGGAAUCUUCCAACUCGGACCUCUGGCCGGGCCAGGUUUAGCACCUGUCAUCGGUGGUGCGUUGACUCAUGGUCUCGGCUGGCGGAGUACGCUCUGGUUUCUCACCAUCUUUGGCGGUGUGAUGUUUAUUCUCAUUUUCCUGUGUCUGCCAGAGACGAUUGAAAGACAGGCGCCGAAGUUGCAGUCGGAUGGAAAGACGAAUCUGAAGAAAGCAUUGAAGCUGUUAAAAUGUACAUUCGGACCAUUCCGAGUGAUAGGUAUGCUUCAAUAUCCCCCAGUGAUUGUUGUCGUGUGGUCUGGCGUUAUUGCAUUUUUCGCCAUGUUCAUUCUCAACGUUUCCAUUCAAUCCACCUUUGAAAAAGCACCCUACAACUUCAGCGUGCUGCUAGUCGGACUGGUAUACUUAGCUCCAACCAUGGGUUACGCAAUCUCCUCUAUCCUUGGCGGCCACUGGAUUGACUACAUCAUGAUCCGUGAGGCACGCAAAGCCAAUCGCUACGAGAACGGGAAGCUCAAAUUUCUACCCGAAGACCGAAUGCGUGAAAAUAUCUGGCUGGCUUUGACUUUAUACCCGGCGGUAUUGGUCUGGUACGGCUGGUCUGUUGACAAAGGCAUACACUGA